AGCUUGGAUCAACUUGACGCCGACGUUCAUUCGGAAAAUUAAAAAAAAAAAAAAAGUUUAAAAUAUUAAUAAUGUCAAAUACAGAUGGAGACAACGACGGUCAGAAGUCAAAGGGCGUAUUUCCAACUCUAGUGGCCAAUGGAGAAUGGCUGUACCUCAAAGGAGAGUACGCGAAGGCUAUAGAGAGCUUCACAGAGGCACUGGCUUUAAAGCCCGAUGACAAAAACUGUUUUGUUGGUCGCUCCAAAUGUUACCUGAUGAUGGGGCAAACUGAAAACGCCCUACGGGACGCUGAAACCUCCCUUAAAAUGGACAAGACGUUUUUCAAGGGGUUGUACCAGAAGGCAGAGGUUUUAUACUACAUGGCGGAAUUUGAAUUUGCGCUGGUGUUUUACCACAGAGGACAAAAACUACGUCCACAAAUCCAGGAGUUCAGGCUGGGUAUCCAGAAAGCGCAGGAGGCUAUUGAAAACUCUCUUGGCACCCCUUCCUCUGUUAAACUGGAGCUUAAGGGAGACUUAUCAUUUUUCAAAAAAGAUGAGGAGAGGGUACAGCCAAUUGCUGCAAUUCAGAAUCUGAAAGAAAAAAAAUGGCAGACCCCCAAGAAUGAGAAGACGACCAAACAACUACUGGGAGAGUUUUACAGUGACAAGAAAUAUCUUGAAAAUGUGAUGAAAGAUAAAGAGUUAGUGAAAGGUAGGACGAAGCGUGGGGAGCGGCUGCAGGAUGUCGUUGAGACCUGCCUCACGUACCUCGACACCUGCACCGAGUUCUGGAACCAGGAGAACCCCGUUUGCACACAAGACAGAAACCGUAAGCUCACGCAACAAAGAUGCAGCAAACCUCCUCACCGUCCUCCUUCUGAACGUGCAGAGUUUCUGCUGAAGAGCCUGGAUGAUAUAGAUGCAGAACUAACAUUUGGAAAUGCAGAAGGUAGUCUCAAGAAGGCUGAAGAAGUCAUGAUGAUAGUGCAGAAGUGGUCAGAACAAGAAUUCCCUAACAAAAAAGAGGUUUUGGGCAGCCUGCACUGCUGCAUAGGGAAUGCUUUAGUUGACUUAGGAGACAUGGACCAAGCAUUAGAGCAUCAUCAAAAAGACCUGGAAUUGGCUAAACAGUGCAAACUCCCAGAAGCCAAGUCCAGAGCUCUGGACAACAUUGGCCGAGUCUAUGCACAAAUUGGAGAGUAUGAACGAGCCAUUGAGUUCUGGGAAAAGAAGAUUCCCUCAGUCCGUGGUGGUCUGGAGAAGACAUGGUUGUUUCAUGAGAUUGGCUGGUGUUACCUAGAGCUUAAUCGCCAUAGAGAAGCCCGGGACUAUGGCAUCCGUUCAGUUGCUGCAGCUGAUGAAAUUGCUGAUGACAAGUGGCAGAUCAAUGCCAACGUUUUGGUUGCACAAUCAGAAUUGAAACUAGGAAACUUUGAAUCCUGUGUCUUCCACUUUGAGAAAGCUUUGACGCAUGCCAAACUUCAAGAAGAUGACUCUGCCAUGAAUGCCAUUCAGAAGGCUCUUGAUGACGCAAAACAAUACCUGCCACAAUGACAAUGGUUUCAGUCGGAGUGCAGCUUGAGAAAGGGUUUCACAAUAUAAUAGACAAAAGUUAAAUGUGAAAAGCUGUUGAUGCUCUGUGAGGAAUAAAAGAGUUAAUGAAGAGAGUGCUUAAAAGAU